UGCCACCCUUUUCGCACUUGUUGCUUUAUCGUUACGCACACCCACACACACACGCAGCCAUUACGUCAAUAUGGCAAACAAUCUGUCAAACGCGCAAUUACAACAACAAACGUUCGCCCGCAUUGACAGUUGGUCAAUAGGUCCAUACAGGAUUUGCAGGGCUCGGUGAAGAGUUGAGGGUUUCUGAAGGAUUUGGCUUAAGCGGAUUGGAAGCAGGCACUCCGGACUCCAAGGAAAAUGCUGCCCCAAACGCCGCCCCACGGAUUGAAGGUGAUGUCGGGGGCGGAGGAGAACCGACACUACCUGCGCGCCUUCAUCCAGACCUACAGAGAUCUGCCCGUCCUGUGGGACACUUCUCUCCGGGAUUACACCAAUCGGGAGAAGCGUGCGGAAGCCUAUCUACGCCUGGUGCCCAUUUACCAUUAUCUCAAGAGGGACGCCACGGUGGAGGAUGUGAAGAAGAAGAUCAAUACCCUGCGCACGAACUACCGCAAGGAACUCAAAGUUGUGGAGAGUGCCAUGAGGUCGGGUAAUCUCCACAGUCCCCGCUGCUGGACUUUCCAGGAGCUGGACUUCCUGCGCAACUCGGAAAAGUUCUUGGCCGUCAAUCCCGCCUUCAAGAACGAGCCCUCCUUUGCCUUCAGCGAGGGUAGCAAUUGCACCAGUGCUUUUCUGGAUGGCCAAGGAGCUCCCCUGCACUAUACUCCUUCCCGGGCAGGAGGACAAACCCCCAAUAUCUCCGAAAUGUUUCACAAAUCCUUUGGGCCUCCACCACCACCGCCGCCGGCAGCCAACCAUGUCGAUUAUGUGACCAACAAGCGGGCCAGGCAAACACCACCCUGUCCGGGAGGAGGAACAGGAUCUGCAGGACCCUCUGGAACAUCCCACAAUAACGAUGAGCUACUCAACAUAGCCUGCGAGUAUCUGGCGGGCACUUAUCCCGAGGAGGAGUCCAUUGCCCGCACCUGGACGCACAAACUAAAAAGAUUACCCCGCGAACAGAGACUUCUGGCCGAGCGGUUCAUCAACGAAAUCCUGUUCGAGGCCGAGUCUAACAAUCUGCAUCGCGGUUCCGUUCAAAUCAACAACAGCUUCGAGCCCUACGUACGCUACGAGGAGCCGCCAAACGGGCACGAGGAGCAGGACAAAUCCCAGAGUCCCAGUGUGCACACCUCAAGCGAAUCCAAGCCCAAUGUUGCGGGUGGAACAGGCGGUGGCGGAGGAGGAACAGCUGGCAGCACCACGAACGCGGGCAUCAGGGAGUUCUAAGUUUAAUUAGUUACUAAGUGUUAUUAAGUUUUUAUUGGCCGAGGGGUAAAUGGCAAAUGACAUAGUGUUAGCUUAACAAGGAGAAUCAACAAUAAAUAAACCUGUAAAUAA